UUCUUGUAGUUUGCAACUUCAGUCAACACUCAAAUGGCGCGUUCAUCUGACCCAACCCUCCCCAUCUCCCUCUUCGACAUCUUUCUCGGUUCUGGCCGCACAAUUCGCAGAAACUCAGGUCCGCCAGGAUUACCUCUACUGCAGACCAAUUUCCCCGGAAGACUUGAGCUCGUGCAAAGGCGUUCCAAGCCUACCAGUCUCAAGAAGAGCAGGGACGACUCAAAGCCCGCAAGCGCCAAAGGGAGCAAUAAAGAAAACAAGCUUAGCAGCAAGAAGAAAGAAUUCAAGGCUAGUAGCAAGAAAGACGACGGCAAGCCCGACGCAAAGCCAUCCACCCCAAAGGAAGGAUCUAAGGUCAAAGCCGCAGACGACAAGAAGGCAGCCGAAGCACCCAAAGUCAGCGCCGACAAGCCACAAGACCACCCAGAAGAUCCCAUCUUCACUGCCGAAGAAGACGCAAAGAUACUAGCCAUGGCCGCCGAAGGCAAGAAGAUGCCCGAAAUCGCAAAAGCCAUCGACAAAACCAAAAAGCAAACCGGCAGACGACUCGGAAAACUCAAGACCGAUGGCGAAAAUGCACAAAAAGCAGCUCUGGACAAGAAAGCCGCCGCCGUGGAUAAGAAAAGCAACAAGCCCGCAGAGAAGCAAGUGACAAAAGUCGACAACAAAGACAACGAAACCACAGACCGCAAGUCCAACCGCCUAGAAAUGAUAUUCAAAGGCGAAGUCCCAGCAACCGGCGUACUCCUCGCCGGAAAACUCCAACACUCCCACGCCCACCGUCACUCCGUCCACCACCACAUCCACGAGCCAGAACCCCACCACCAUCACCACCAUGCCCACCGCUCCCACGAGCCCAAAGCCACAAAAUCUUCCCGCCACGACUCUGCCCAAGAAUCCCGCUCUCGCCCCCGUAAACCAUCCCGUCAAGCCACCGUCUCAGUCGUUGGAUCCACCCGUACAGCAUACACCAUCAAAACCAUGCCUUCCCUAGCCGAAGACGACAUGUUUUCAUUUGGCGAGUUGCAAGCUUUGUCCGUGCUGAUUAGUAAAGAUAUGGAAGGGAUGUGGCAGCGUGUGGCUGCUGCUUUCUUUGGUAUGACUGGAAGAAGAGUUGCUGCUGAGGAUAUUAGGGAAAAGUUUUCGGGCUUGGAGGAGGAGGGGUAAGAGAGGGUUUAUGGGGAAGGUUACUGAUGGGAGAAGCUCGGUUGCUUGAUCUGGUCUCGCGUGAUGGGGAUGGGGAUGGUUGAUGGAAGGCGUGAUACGGUAUUUCUCGUCUUCCCUUAGAAAGAGCACGUGCAUGGUAUACAGCAGACACACGAUCGUCAAGUCAUUAAUGGCUCCAAUUGAUCUCCAUGCU